GUUUAUAAUAAUUUAAGUGUGUAGUGUGUUAAUUACUAACAGCCGUCAAAAUGAGGAUCAAAAUGCCGGCAGUUAGGAUCGCUCAAGCUGAAGCCGAUGGAAGUAGCGAAUCUAGCGAUCGAGGUUCAGAUGUCCUGACCUGUGGAUCAUGUCAACGGCCAUUUGCACUGUCAGAUAUCGUCAGAUUUAUUCAGCACAAGGUGCUCACUUGCCAUAAGGAACCUUACGCUUCCUGCCACACGCAAGGUUCUACAAAUGAUCGGGACUCCGACGACUCUGGUCUUCCUCUUACCUCAAGGCGACAAUGUUCGUCAAGGGCGAGUGGCAGUAGGGUCCAAACGCCUCCUUUGGCUAGUCCAGCUCUGUUACCACCAGCCGAUCUCUUGUCGGAUGGCGGAGCUUCGAGUACGCCGAAAAGACUGCUGGAUGAAACCAAUGAAUCUCACUGUCCGAAGCGAAGAGCAUCUUCGAGUCCUAUAGAUCCUUGCAGUCCUUUGGAUCCUGCAGGUUUAGUAAACAAUGAGACCGGUGAAACCAAAGUCAAACAAGAACGCAGCGAUAGCAGUUCAGGUCAAGAUGAUGGUCUCAGUCCUCCACAUCCCGCCAAAAGAUGUCGAACCGCCAUGGCGGACGCGGAGUCAAACACUAUGCAUAGUGAACCUAGUAAUUAUGUAUGCAGCACAUGCAAGCAGAGAAUGCAUUCCGCCUGGCGAUUGCUUCAACAUGUUCAACAUACCCACGGAGUCAAAAUCUACGUAGAGAGUUCUCCAGGACCUAAUAGCAGUAGUUGCAGCAGUCUAGGAAGUACAAAUUCAAGUAGUGGAAAAGCUCUUAGUGUGAACAACUCUGGGAAUAGCAGUACAUGUUCAUCUUCAUCAUCAACUGGUCAACAGCCUCUGAGAAUGCAUCCAUUACUACCACCUCCACCGCCACCAGAGCUUGCUGGUGUGGUUCCUUAUGGUCUUCUUCGAGGACCAGUAGUGGCACCUCAAUAUUCUCGUCCGUCAUUGCAGCACGAUAGGUUCAGAAUGGAACAAUUAGUUUCUGAACAAUUUAGACAACAUGGUCUGAAUUUAGCCGCUGCAUUAGCCGCUAAUUCGCAAGGCCAGCCCUCGCCCUUUCCAGUCGCGGCAGAGCGGUCACAGUACCGCGAUCGAUCAGCUCUGCCGGUCUCUGCUAACGCACCAAGUCAACAAUCCUCUGUCGUCGGCCUUCCAAUGGCCUCAGUAGGCGGAGUGCACCCAAACGAGCAGCUGGAUUUUUACUCGCAGCGAUUGCGACAGCUCGCGGGUACCACUAGUCCCGCGGCUGUUACUGCGGACUCGAGCUCGCCGAAUCCGCGAAAGCAUUCGCCGCCCUUUGCGAGCCCAUCGCCAUUGAAUUCGGCUCUUAAUAGUAAUAACAAUAACGAUAGUUGCAGUGUUAAUAACAAUAAUAAUGAAGAAGAUGCACAAGCCCGUGUUACUCCCGACAUAAAGCCACCCAGCCCUGAACCUGCCGAACCUAUUACCACGACACCAUGUUCAGCUCCCGAUUCUGUCAAAUCGGAAUCAAAAUUUAGAUAUUUGAGAACACACGGCUUAUACAGGUGUACAGUUUGUGAUCAUUCCUGCUCCCAAAGUAGUCUAUUGCGUAGACAUAUGCGGACGCAUAGACAACAAAUGCAAGAUCAAGAGGAAAGAACAAGUAACGCGGGAAGCGUUGAAACCUUAGAUGAAGAUGAAACUGAAGAUGAGGAGGAAGAAGAACAAGAAGAAGAAGAUGAUGAUGAGAAAGCACAAGACUUAUCAGUUACAAAUUCUUCUUCUCAACAGACACCGAUUGCCACACAACCUCUUCCUUUAACUACUACACCACCAUCCGUAGCUACAACGACAGCUGCUUCUCUUGUUGGAGAAUUAAUGGACAAAUUUGGUUUGGCUAACAUUGCGCAAUACAAUGAAGCAUACAAACAAGCCUUGCAAGAGUCCAGUGGUAAAAUGAUGAACGGUCUACGAGUACGAGAUGAUUUUAAACCAUUGUUACCACCAUCACCUGCACCUCAGUUACCUUUAUUCAACCCAAUGCUACAUCCACCAUCUUCUACUGAUGGAAGUUGGUGGCUGCCUGGAUUGGGGCCGGUGAUGCCACCAAAUAGUGAUGUGAAAAGUAAAUCGAACGCAGCCGCUGCUAUGCUUUUAAAGAAGGAACCGCGUAGAAACGAUACUUGUGAGUUUUGUGGGAAGGUAUUCAAAAAUUGUUCAAAUUUAACCGUACAUAGAAGAAGUCAUACAGGCGAAAAACCUUAUAAAUGUGAAUUGUGCUCGUACGCUUGUGCGCAAAGUUCGAAAUUGACUCGACAUAUGAAAACGCACGGAAGGCUGGGAAAAGAUGUAUACCGAUGCAGGUUCUGCGAAAUGCCAUUUUCGGUGCCAUCAACACUUGAAAAGCACAUGCGCAAAUGCGUAGUAAGCCAAAGCAAAGCCGGCGGCGGGCACAGGUUACUGCCGCCAACUUUAUUGUCAGCGGAUGAAGACUCCUCAGCCAGCAAAGAGGCAGCAUGACUCUUUCCCUGGGGUCGUUGGGGGCUUCCGCCCCCAGUGCACGCCCCCCUCGCCCCUGGGAGGAUAUAUUAAAUACAUCGCGCGCUAAUUUAAAUCGACACGAGUUUCGGUGAAAAAAUGCACUGUGAAAUUUGCGUGCGGACUGAUACCAAAGCCGGGCGACACCGUCAUAAUGAUAAAGCGGUUCGACUGUUAAUUUUAUUAUUGAAACAUUGUAUUUUUAUUAUAUUAUG